AUGAAUGCAAACGGCUAUGGGCAGCAGGAACCGCUGCGAGGCCCAGACGACAACUUCCGCGGACUCGCACCCACUGUACAGAACGGUGAUCUGGAGGAGUUUGGCACUCGUGCCGAUUCCAUCAACUGGAUGGAAACCGAUAAUGCGCAAGUUACAUCGGCCUUGGUCGAACGCACGAACAACUGGAUUGCACUCCAUCCCACCCAACCUCUCUUCCCCAACGCCACGACGCUCCGUGCUCGCUGCCUCUCUUCACUGGGCGUGCACGUCGUCGCCCAAUGGCUUUCCGCCGCUCUCGCGACUUUGGACAUAAUCCUCCGUGCGGGCGUGGACCACCAUGCCCUCGCCGAUCUUCUCUUUGCCAUCAUCCUUCCGCGGCCGUUCGUUGGCCCUGCCAUCAACUCCUUCACCCUCAUCUGGGACUCGCAUGCCGUUCUCGACCACGAGUUCGUGGAGGCAUGUGGGGCACUGGCGAACAUAUUUAGACCCCGGAAUCCCUUCCCCAACUGCUUGAAAUUCCUGCACCUCUCGCUCGACUUCGUCGCGGGGUCCGACGAAGUCUGGGACGCGAUUGCCGCAUUGCCGGCCCUGGAGGAACUCAGACUCUCCGCGAGGACCAACAUAGUUCAAGCCGCCACGUCGUGGCGCGGAAGAUGGGGCAGGCCGAACGUCUUCCCCAUGCUCAAGCGCCUCCAUAUCAGCGCACCGAUUGAGGAAGCGACGGAGAUCGUCCGAGCUACAAGACCCAACCUCGAGGAGCUGCGGUUGGAAGUCCCUCUGCUCGCCGCGUUCGACGAGCGCAUCGUGGGCGCACUCCGCGCCAUGGCCUUGGCGUGUCGCGCCCUACGCCGCGUCCACAUCUUCAUCAAGGACAUGCGCGUGCACGAGCAGGUCGCCGGACUGCUGCUCCAGCCCCUUUACCCCCUCCCCCUCGUGGCAUUCUCGCUACGCUACCCCUCCGAACCCCUGUCCCUAUCAGACGAAGAGUUCGAAGAGAUGGUUCGAGCAUGGCCUUCACUCCGUCACCUCGAGCUGAACCCGCUGGGGCGCAAUGCUUUGGGUCUGGUGUUCGACAAGCUGCCAACGCUCAACGCCGUCAUGAUCGCGCUUGCGCGGUGCCCAUCCCUCCGGCACCUCGGAUUGCGUAUCGACCCUAACGCGCCAGUCACUGCCGCGCUGCACAGCUGGGGAAUCUUGCGGACCUUGGACCUCGGGGUGUCCCAAGGCACCUACUGGAAUGCGCCUCAGGUGGCUCGUGUCCUCCACGAUUCGUUGCCCGUCGACCGGGGCUAUCAUGCUCUCGAGAUAGACGAUGGCGCGGACCAAUCAGAGUGGGUGCGCGCCGUCGCCCAAGAAUUCGAGGUGCUCCGCCGGUCCUGA